CCCCACUUUUAUCCCUGGACUCUCUGCAGUAUCCCCUACUUUUAUAGCAAGGCAUUCCUUGAUAUCAGCUGCUGAGGGUACUGGAAAAGUGGAUGACUAAUGUGGAAACUGCCACUGGAAAACCAGUGUCCAUCUGGAUGGGGGCAGAGAGAACAUUCUGAUCCUAUAUCUUCUCCCCUAUCUGCCACCAGUUCUUUUGGGGAAUCAUCCUGUCAAUUCCCAGGCCCCUUUGUCAACACCUUCUGAGCAGAGGACUCUUCCUUAGGGGAUGUGCAUCUCACUGUUCCAGUUGUUCAGCAUUUUCCUUGGUCUCACAGAACCUGUCCAGACCUGGGUGAACAUUCUUGGUGGAUUUUGGCCUCACUGUGGGUUCAAAUCCCCAGGCCUUGGAAAGAGGGGUGUAGGGGUAGAAUAGUUGUGACUGGGAGCAGAAGGCCUGGCUUCCUGAGGACUGUGAUGCUUCCCUUUACCCACUCCAGAGCUGAACACUGUGAUGGAGACUCCUCUUGAGAAGGCUUUGACCACGAUGGUCACCACUUUUCACAAAUAUUCAGGAAGAGAGGGUAGCAAGCUGACCCUGAGCAGGAAGGAACUGAAGGAGCUGAUAAAGAAGGAACUGAAUCUUGGGGAGAUGAAGGAGAGCAGCAUUGAUGACCUGAUGAAGAGCCUGGAUAAGAACUGUGAUCUGGAGAUUGACUUCAAAGAGUACUCGGUGUUCCUAACCACGCUGUGCAUGGCCUACAAUGACUUUUUCCUGGAGGACAACAAAUGACCUGGACUGCCCUUUGUCGUCCCUGUCACCCCCUUGCCCCUGACUGCUAUAGCUCCUCUCACAGACCCUCUUUGACCCCAUCCCCUCCUCUUUGAUGGAUCCUUCCAUGAGAGGAAAUAAAGAGUUUCCAUUCCAAGCA